UUAUUGAAGGGAUUAUCAUUAUGAGAAGAGAAAAUUGAACAGUGGUUGUGUUUGCCUAGGACUGUAUGGUUCCCCUUUUUGCAUGGUUUCUGUUAGGUAAGUAAGGGAUUGAUUGGUUAGGUUUCAAAAUUUUCUCAAUCUAUAAGCUGAUUCCUAGUGCCCAAAAGAGGUUCCUCACUCCUGCAUUUAAUAUUGGACUUCCUCUUUCUGUUCUCUUUGAUUCAAGAAAGUUCUUGGUUCUUCUUGUGAACUGAAUCUCUCAAAGAAGUUGCCAUUUUCAGUUCAAUUUGCACUUUCCCUUCUUCAGUUGGACAGAUAGUUGAUGAAAUCAGGGGCAAUGAAGUAUAAAGAUGGGAAACCCUUGCAUAAACAAGAUCAAAACACGAGGAAAGUCCCCAUGGCGGUAGUGCUCGUGGCGCUAUGUGGGAUUUCGUUUUAUCUCGGUGGAGUCUUCUAUUCGGAGAAGGACGGUUAUGCAACUAAUGAUGUAUCCAAGGGGGCUGAAUCUUUCGAGGGCACUGCCGGUGCCGGUGGUGGUGGCUCACUGCAAACCGAUGACACUUUGUUUCCUGAGUGCAGUCCCGACUUUCAGGAUUACACUCCCUGUGCUGAUCCCAAGAGGUGGAAGAAAUACGGUCUGCAAAGACUAACAUUCAUGGAACGCCACUGCCCGCCACCGUUUGAAAGAAUGGAGUGUUUGGUCCCUCCACCGGAUGGCUAUCAGCCGCCUAUCAGAUGGCCAAAGAGCAAAAGCGAAUGUUGGUACAGGAAUGUUCCAUAUGAUUGGAUUAACAAGGAAAAAUCUAAUCAACAUUGGUUACAGAAGGACGGGGAGAAAUUCCUUUUUCCCGGAGGAGGGACCAUGUUCCCCGACGGAGUUACCAAGUAUGUUGAUUCAAUGGUAGAUUUGAUUCCCGGUAUGAAAGACGGGACGAUCAGGACUGCCAUUGAUACUGGCUGUGGGGUUGCAAGCUGGGGAGGGGAUUUGCUAAACCGAGGGAUACUAACAGUUUCACUAGCACCGAGAGAUAACCACGAGGCUCAAGUUCAGUUCGCUUUAGAACGUGGGCUUCCUGCCGUUCUGGGGAUUAUUUCUACCCAACGACUUUCUUUCCCUUCCAGCUCCUUCGAUAUGGCUCACUGCUCGAGAUGCCUUAUUCCAUGGACUGAAUUUGGGGGAACUUACCUUCUUGAGAUACACCGAAUACUACGGCCGGGAGGCUUUUGGGUCCUCUCUGGUCCUCCAGUGAACUACGAGAAUCGCUGGAGAGGAUGGAACACCACUAUCGAAGAGCAGAAAUCAGAUUACGAGAAGCUGCAAGACUUGCUUACUUCGAUUUGUUUCAAACUUUAUGACAAAAAGGGCGACAUUGCCGUUUGGCAAAAGUUAUCGGACAAUAGUUGCUAUAAGCAGCUCGAUAGCCCUGGUAGCUACCCGCCAAAAUGCGAUGAUAGCAUGGAACCGGAUUCCGCGUGGUACACGCCACUUCGGACUUGUGUUGUGGUACCAAACCCGAACUCGAGGAAAGUAUCGUUAGAGUCGUUGCCAAAGUGGCCAGGAAGGUUGCACACUGCUCCAGAACGAGUUAUGGAUGUUCGUGGAGGGAGCGAGGGGACCUUUAGACACGACGAUAGUAAAUGGAAAAUGCGAGUGAAGCACUACAUGACGCUGCUACCCGGGCUCGGGAGUGAUGAGAUAAGAAAUGUGAUGGACAUGAACACAUUAUUCGGGGGGUUUGCCGCUUCUCUGGUGGAUGAGCCUCUGUGGGUUAUGAACGUCGUUUCUUCCUAUUCGUUAAAUACACUUCCUGUGAUAUACGACAGGGGUCUCAUUGGUAUCUACCAUGACUGGUGCGAGGCGUUUUCAACAUAUCCUAGAACAUACGAUCUACUUCAUGCCGAUGGCCUUUUCACUGCUGAAAGCCAUAGAUGUGAAAUGAAGUACGUUCUUUUAGAAAUGGAUCGGAUCUUGAGGCCAAAGGGGUACGCCUUAAUCCGUGAGGCAAGGCAAUUUGUGGACACUAUUGCGGCCAUAGCUAAGAAGAUGAGAUGGGCGUGUCAUACAGAAGACACAGAAGAUGGCGUAAGAACCGAGAAGGUGUUGAUCUGUCAAAAGGACCUCUGGCAUUCUUCUAAGCAGAGUUCAAUAUGAAAGAAAAGAAACCAGAAGUUUUGUGAAGAGUAAGUUGUGCACUUGCUCACACAGAAACCAUUUUUUGUUCUUAAGAUAGCAGAAAAGAGAAUUUUCAAUAAGGAAUCCAUUUUUCUGCUCUCUUUUUCUCUUUAGAGCCAGCAAAUGCAAUGGUGUGUAAUCUGUUUUUGAACCAUUGCAUACCUUAUUUAUGUAAGAAGUUCAUUUUUUAAGUAUUAAUGAAAAUUGGAAACUCCAAUGUGUACUCUUGCUCGAGUCCUAUUGGAGGAAGAAUCUCAUGUAGAAUAUUUUCAUUUCUUAAUAUACAGCAUAUUUAUUUUUCUAA